AUCACUAGCGGCACACACAAUCGCGCUCACACUAUUUACACACCCAUAUCAGCACGGCCAGCUGAGUGGGAGAGAUAAAGCUGAUGGAAAAUUCUUCGACUGAAAGGCGGAAUGCGUGCCAAGCCAAACGGUCGCCUGCAGAGUGAGCAGAGUCGGAAGAGCGAAAAAAGAGAGGAAUGCAGCUGAAAAAGCGCGCUUUGCUAAGCGAAAAACAGCUCAACUGGAAUCGGGAUAGGAAUCGGAUUCAGAAUCAGAAUCAGAAUAGGUAUAGCAAUAGCAAUACACCAGCAUUAGGAACCGUAAUCGCAACGCGGCAGGUUGACAUUGCGCUUGUCCCGCGGAGCAGCGACCAAAGCCGUAGUAGACAGUGGUAGUCAUAAUCCGAUCGGAGUGAUACGAGCGCCAGUCUUUCGACACGAUGCAGUUUGUGGCCAGUGAACACCCGCACCGACGUCUGAAUCCGUUGAACGGACAAUGGGUCCUGGUGUGCCCACAUCGAACCCAACGCCCUUGGUCGGGUCAGCAGGAGAAGGCGCAGAAGAACGAGCUGCCCGAAUUCGAUCCCACCAAUCCCCUGUGCCCUGGCGUCACCCGACCCAAUGGAAUUCAAACUCCUAAAUACGAGAGCACCUAUGUGUUUGAAAACGACUUUCCGGCCCUAGUGGAGGUAGUGCCCGUUCCGCCCAACAGUGAUGAUCCCCUGUUCCAGAUAGCUCCCGCCCGUGGCAACUGUCGGGUGAUGUGCUUCCAUCCCAAAUCGAAUCUGACUUUGCCCACGAUGAGUGCAGCGGAAAUCGCCGUUGUUAUCGACGAAUGGAUCAGCCAGUUUAACGAGCUGAGCGCCAAGUACGCCUGGGUGCAGAUAUUCGAAAACAAGGGAGCCACCAUGGGGUGCUCCAAUCCCCACCCGCACUGCCAGAUCUGGUCGUGCUCGUUCCUGCCCACGGAACCGCAGUUGAAGCAGGAGCGUUUGCGUGCCUACUACGCCACCAACGAGCGGCCCAUGCUGGCCGACUAUGUGGAGCGGGAGCUGCAGCGCCAGGAGCGGAUUGUCAUUGAGAAUCCCGACUGGGUGGUGGUGGUGCCUUUCUGGGCCACUUGGCCCUUCGAAACCAUGCUCAUCUCGCGCAACAACAACAAGCGCAUCAACGAUCUUACCACUAAACAGCGAUACAACUUGGCACUGACCAUGAAGGAGCUGACCACCAAGUAUGACAAUCUGUUCCAGUGUUCGUUCCCCUACUCCAUGGGCUGGCACGGAGCACCGACUGGACCGGAGCAUGCGCACGCAUCCAGUGCUCAUUGGACCCUGCACGCCAUCUACUAUCCGCCGCUGCUACGUUCUGCCUCCGUGCGCAAGUUCAUGGUGGGAUUUGAACUGCUGGCCAUGGCCCAGCGGGAUCUGACUCCCGAGCAGGCGGCCCAAAGGUUGCGGGACGUCGAUGGAAAGCGUCAUUACCUGGAGAAGUGAUUUCGCUCGAGUGUAUUUGUACAAUCAACACCAGCGAAAGCGGAUGGUGACAAUUGGCAUACAAUUCAAUAAAAGGAAAUAGUCUAAAACGACUGUAGUAAUUACUUGCUACUUAUUCGCAAUCAGUUGUAAAAAUGUUCUAGAUUAGUGAUUUGACUGUAGCAAGGGUCCAGCAAAUGAUCAGCAUGAUUGCCAAAGACCUCUGGAGGUCAUGCAAUGCAAUCAUUGAUUUAUCAGAUAAGCGGAGGCAUAAUGCGACUUUGUGUUACCUAAUAGAAUAGUGCGCAAAGGUGCGCCCUUUUUCUGAUGUAUUCGUACAAAUAAACUGAAUUCUUAAAUGGU